CCAGCAGGCCCAGCCAUCUCAUCGCAUCUGCAAGCUGCUGCAGCUCCCAAUCCCAAGGGCGGUCAGCGCCCAAUGCCGUGAUUUUUGCUCCAAUGCUCACUCCUCUAGCCUUGCCCAGUCACGCACCAGAUACUUGAAUCACACGCAUAAUAAACUUGACGACGAAUCACACACUACAGCAGCAUCCUACAACCCGCCAUGAGCUUCUUCGGCGGCCCCUCCUCGCACCGUUCCUCCCCGCGCAGCAGUACGCACCACAAAUCCACACGACCGGUCUUUCCACGCGCACCUUCCUCAUCUGCAUCAUUCUUCUCCCGCAACGGUGGUUCAUCAAGCUACUACAAACGCCGCCCGCGCGAUGGAUACGUCCAAAGUCUCAUCCACAAAUUGAAACGCUUGAUACAAGAUCUCUGGGACUAUGCGCGAAGGCAUCCUUUGAAAGCUUUCAUGGCCGUGGUCGUGCCGUUGAUGAGUGCGGGUGGUGCAUUACACAGUCUGCUGAAGCAGUUCGGAGUCAGGAUGCCUGUAGCCUUUGACGGUGUUCACUCGACACGAGGGGGUGGUUAUUAUGGCUCAAGUGGUUAUGGUGAUUACGAGGAAAGUGGUUUCGGAUCCAUGUUUGGAGGCGGAAGUGCUAUGGAUACAGUGGGCUCUCUGAUGAAAGUCGCGCGAGUCUUCAUGUGAGCUUAAAUGCUUCGCAACAUUCGACCAAAGGCUUCACAAUGACUACUUGAUCGAUGGUCAUGGAAGCUCUUAUGGCAUCACAUCCCAUGCCGACGUGAAUUGCUGGCCAAUUCACGGUCGACAGCCAAGGAGCCCUCAACAAUCAAUUGGAAAUGGUCUUCACGAGACGGGUACCCAUGAACGUUACUCUUGAAGAGUUGCAAAGACGACAGCCCAUCAAGCGAUGGCGCUGCGGAAUGAUUUUGCUUCUGGGACGGUGAAUCGAGGAUGAAGGACGCAGCAAUUGAGAGCUGCUUAGAGUGAUAUUUUACGAUUCCAUGCUUGAAGAUAUUACUCCAAUAGCAGAGUUUACGAUAGACGUACACCAGCAACAGAAGGUUCCUUUGAGUCGAGAUAUUCGAGAUUUGCAUCACAAA